AUGGAACCAAAUAUUUACCAACUUGCCCUUGCGGCUCUCUUUGGAGCUUCCUUCGUUGCAGUUUCAGGGUUUUUCAUGCACUUCAAGGCACUCAAUCUCGUCCUCGAACGUGGUAGGGAGAAAAAAGACAACACCAACGAAGGUGGUGACUCGCCUCAGCAUCAGACCCUCGCGAGGCGGAGGAACCAUGUCCGUAGGAAAGGAAUCAGCCCCGCUUCGCUUCCUGAUGCUACGCCCUUCACGGGAGUAACAGACGGCGGUAGCGGAAGCGGCGGUGAUGCAGGGCGAACCAACGGCCAUGUUUAUGUCGAUGAAAUCCCUCCUGGUUUGCCUAGGCUUCAUACGCCAUCUGAAGGGAGAUCUUCUGUACUUGGGACUAGUAUCAGGAAAACUGGAAGUUUUGUCAGACCAAUUUCUCCAAAAUCCCCUGUUGCUAGUGCUAGUGCCUUUGAGAGUGUGGAAGAAUCAGAUGAUGACGAUAAUAUGACAGAUAGUGCGAAUUUAGAUGCUUCCUACUUGCAAGCCAAUGGGGAGAUGCCUGCAGAUGCCAACGAAGAGCAAAUAUCUAUGGCUGCUUCAAGCAUGAUUCGAUCACACAGUGUGUCUGGUGACCUACAUGGAGUUCAGCCUGAUCCUAUUGCCGCUGACAUUCUGCGUAAAGAGCCAGAGCAAGAAACCUUUGUCCGUCUUAAUGUUCCUCUUGAGGUGCCAACGUCUGAUGAAGUUGAAGCCUACAAAUGUCUGCAAGAAUGUCUUGAACUGCGGAAGAGGUAUGUCUUCCAAGAAACAGUUGCGCCAUGGGAAAAAGAGAUCAUUUCUGAUCCUAGUACCCCGAAGCCUAAUCCAGAGCCAUUUGUACACUAUCCUCAGGGAAAAACUGAUCAUUAUUUUGAGAUGCAAGAUGGGGUAGUCCAUGUGUUUCCAAAUAAGGAUGCAAAAGAAGAGCUCUUCCCGGUAGCUGACGCCACAGCGUUUUUCACCGACUUGCAUCACAUACUCAAAGUCAUAGCUGCAGGAAACAUGCGGACUUUGUGUCAUCGUCGACUAGUGCUCCUCGAACAGAAAUUUAAUCUUCAUUUGAUGCUUAAUGCGGAUAAAGAAUUCCUUGCCCAAAAAAGUGCACCACAUCGUGACUUUUAUAAUGUUAGGAAAGUCGACACUCAUGUUCACCAUUCAGCUUGCAUGAACCAGAAACACCUUUUAAGGUUUAUCAAGUCAAAGCUCCGGAAAGAGCCCGAUGAGGUUGUCAUAUUCCGAGAUGGAACAUACUUGACCUUGAAAGAAGUUUUUGAGAGCCUGGAUCUUACUGGAUAUGACCUGAACGUCGACCUUUUGGAUGUUCAUGCAGACAAGAGUACCUUUCAUCGCUUUGACAAGUUCAACCUUAAGUACAAUCCCUGCGGUCAGAGUAGGCUUAGGGAAAUUUUCCUUAAACAGGAUAACCUCAUCCAAGGUCGUUUUCUUGGUGAGAUAACAAAGCAAGUUAUCUCGGAUCUUGAAGCUAGCAAAUAUCAGAUGGCUGAAUACAGAAUAUCUAUAUACGGCAGAAAAAUGAGCGAGUGGGACCAACUGGCUAGUUGGAUUGUGAACAAUGAUCUAUACAGUGAGAAUGUUGUCUGGUUAAUUCAGCUCCCACGACUGUACAACAUCUACAAGGACAUGGGUAUUGUGACAUCUUUCCAGAAUAUUCUUGAUAAUAUAUUCAUUCCUCUGUUUGAAGCCACGGUAGAUCCCGAUUCACAUCCACAGCUCCAUGUUUUCUUGAAGAAGCUUCGGGAGUCAAAGGGCAUGACUACGAUCAAGCUACGGCCACAUUCUGGGGAGGCUGGUGACAUUGACCACUUAGCUGCUACAUUUCUCACAUGCCAUAGCAUUGCACAUGGAAUCAAUCUGCGGAAGUCUCCUGUGCUUCAGUAUCUUUACUACCUCGCCCAGAUUGGUCUGGCCAUGUCUCCACUGAGCAACAACUCUUUGUUUCUAGAUUACCACAGAAACCCGUUCCCUGUGUUUUUCUUAAGAGGUCUAAAUGUUUCCCUGUCUACGGAUGAUCCCCUUCAGAUUCACUUAACUAAAGAACCUCUCGUAGAAGAGUACAGCAUAGCUGCCUCGGUUUGGAAGCUAAGUGCAUGUGACCUGUGCGAGAUAGCUCGUAACUCAGUGUACCAGUCAGGUUUCUCACAUGCCCUGAAGUCGCACUGGAUUGGGAAAGACUACUACAAAAGAGGACCCGAUGGAAACGACAUUCACAAAACAAAUGUGCCUCACAUAAGGGUGGAGUUCCGGGACACGAUCUGGAAAGAGGAGAUGCAACAGGUUUAUCUGGGCAAGGCUGAUAUCUCGGAUGAAGUUGUUCCAUAA